AUGGCUAAGUUUACAAACAAACCUAAGGGUCGUACAAGUAAGAGAUUGGCAUUGAAUAAGAAAUACAAAAUAGAGAAGAAGGUUAAAUAGCAUCACAAAAAGCUCAAAAAGGAAGCCAGAAAGAUGAGUGCCUUGGGAUAAAUUAAGAAAACUUCGUCCAAAGAGAUAGGAAUCCCCAAUAUGUAUCCAUUUAAGAAGAAUGUUAUUGAGACCCUGAAAAGGAAGAAGGAUUAAGAGGAGCAGGAGAAAAAGAUAUAAAAAUUAUAAUAAAAAGAGGAACUCGAUCUUAAUUUGGCUGAAGUCAAAUCAAAUCUAUAUGAGACAAAGGCUCAGGUGGUUGUUGAAGAAGAAUAAAUCAAAUAAGAGAAUUUGACUUAAUUAACCAAAGAGCAUAAGAAAUAUAUUACCCAAGUGAAGAAAGUAGCAGAGGCUGCUGAUAUAUUGUUGAUAAUCUUGGAUGCCAGAGAUCCAUUGGCAUGUAGAUGCAAGCAUUUGGAGAGAGAAAUCCUCGGUAUGCCAGGAGAUAAAAAGAUAAUAUUGGCAAUGCAGAUGCAUGGUUGGCUCAUUUGCGAAAGAGAAUUUGCUACUGUUCUCUUCAAAGCCAAUACCUAAUAAUAAUAAUCCAACUUAUCAUCAGCCUCCAUUUACAAGAAAACCCUAUCUCAGAGACAGGAUUUGGCUGAUGAUUUGACUUCAUCCUCUAAAGCCAUAGGAGCUGACAAGCUAUUGGAAUUGAUAAAGAAUUACUCAAAAAAUGAUGGAGUUAAGAGCAGUGUGACUGUUGGUGUUAUUGGAUAUCCCAAUGUUGGAAAGAGUUCAGUCAUCAACAGUCUCAAGAGGAGCAAGGCUUGUGCUGUGUCUUCUACUCCAGGAUUCACAAAGGGUCUUUAAGAAGUGGUUAUUGACAGUUAGGUGAAGAUCAUUGAUUGUCCAGGAGUAGUCUUUGAUUCUGAGAAUAAGGAGAGCACUUUGUUAAGGAAUAUCAUCAAGAUUGAGUAAAUUGAGGAUCCAAGGGAGCCAAUUGGAGAAAUUUUGAAAAAGGUUUCUAAGAAUGAGUUACUCUUACUGUACAAAAUUCAAACAUUCAACAAUUUGAACGAGUUCUUGUGUUAGGUAGCUUUGGCUAGAGGGAAGUUGCAGAAAGGAGGCAUUCCAGAUUUAGAUUGUGCAGCUAGAAUUGUGUUGUAGGAUUGGAACCAAGGAAAGAUUAAAUAUUUUACUGUUCCACCUAAUUAAAUUGAAUAAGAAUGACUUAUAUAUUUGUUUGUUUUCAUAAAAAAAUUAAUAAAGCUUCAAGCA